UCUGUUUUGUUUCUUCGUCGUGCAAUAUUAGAGGUUCGCGUGUUACAUGAGGGAAAUUCAAAACAAAGGCAAAUAUACCUGAUAUGAAAAUUGAAUAGUUGCAACCGCGUGUGUGUGUCAUCUGGGAUUGAGCAACGGAUCAGCCGGCUGAUUCGUCGCGUUUACCUCAGCUGCUUUCGUGUCCUACGUGCAACACAACCUCUUCGACGAACUGAUGGUAGAUCGUGGAGGACCGGUAAACAAGCCGCGAGCAACGUGACGAAAAUGGACAACGUGGGUUGUCGCCUGACCAUGGAUCUACCAGAGACUGACAGUGCCGAAGAUGAUUCCGACGAACUGUUCUCAGAUGACGAACAAAGAAAGGAGAUUAGGUAUAGGUCCAACGUCUCCCUGGACACCUCGAUUUCAAAUAGAUCUGAGACACCUUUAUCAAUAUUCAAUAGUCCCAGUGCGAUAAUGCCAACCGAUGCUACAGUUCCAUCUACACCGUUGAGUCUGGUGCCAUUUUUAAAUAAAAUUAACGAACAAUGGAGUAGUGACUUAGAAACACCGCAAGCUGACCCUCGCGUAAAACCAAUGACUAGCACAACGGAAAGAACGCAAGAAACACCUAAGCUUGAACAGCGUACACCUGAUGUUUCAACUGUUAAAAGUGCAGACAAAAUUAUUCCCGAUUCCCCUGUUAUUGUCUCUAGAGCGACGCGGAGACGAUCCAAGCGUCGCAUAUUUAGAACUUCUACAUCUAUAGACCCAUUAGCUGUGACUAACAAUGAAGAUAUCAUUGUAAAUGCUCAAGACGCACUUAUUUCUGACAAUGCUAAUUUUAUAGCGCAAGUUGACACCACAAAUGUCGCAAUAUCCAAUCCGUCUCGUGAAAAUGUUUCUAACGAUUGCGAGCCAAAAGUUCUCAAUAAAUGUCAAAAUACGUGUAACAAUGAGGAACCAGAAAAUCUUAUAAACUCUGUACCUGAUAGUUUAAACUCAUCCACGCAAGAGUUUUUUAGCAACGCCUCGUUCAGUAAGAUAGAUGAGUUAUGCUUCGAUACUUUUAAUAAUCAAAAAACAAUGGAGACUACUGUUCCGCAAUAUAAUCACGAAAAGAAUAUCAAGGAUAUCGAUAAACAAAGGGACGUUAAGAAAAAUGAAAAUAUAAGUUUCUUUACUGCUCGUGGUUCUUCAAUUAAUGUCUCAAAGCAAGCGCUACUUAAAGCAAAGAGACUGUUUGAAGACAUGGAUAUGGAUGAAACGGAGACACAGAGUUAUGAACCACUCGUUAAAAGAAAUUGUAAUGAAAAGACAAAUAGGGAAUUACCAUCCUCUUCGUUCGCUAAUAAUAUUUCUGUCAACAUUGCGAAAGAAGUUAAACCGAAACCACUUACAGAACAAUUAAAAAAUUAUGACAAAAUGUCCUCCGCACAUUGUAAAAAUCCACUUGUAAAUAAAAGUCCUGAUAAAGAAGUCAAUAAAGCUCCUCCUGUAUUUUUAACUGCUAAUGGUAACCCCAUUAAUAUCUCAAAAGAAGCGUUGCUGAAAGCGAAAGCGUUAUUAGCGGAUGAAUUAGAUAAUGUUGACAACGACGUGUUAAUGAAAUAUUACGAGAAAUCAUCUGCGGAUAAAAAUUUUGAAACGAUAAAAAAUAUGGCUGUACCAUCAUUUUCUGCAACUAGUGACAAAUCUAUCUCUGGAAAAUCACCGGCCAAAGCAAAAACAUUGUUCACAGAACAAUCGGACGUGGCUGUUGAACUCGCAUCAUCUAAUAAAAUCGAUACAUUUAAUAAUAAAAAGUAUGAUAUAAGUAUUUCGAAUACUGCAAAUUUUCGCACUGCCCGUGGCACAUCCGUUAAUUCCGAGCAAAUUAAUUUUAAACCUAGAACGUUGUUCGCAGAACAACUGCAUGAUCCAUUAAAAUCAAUUUACACAAAGGAGAUUCAUAAUAAUGACAAGGAAAUAAAAAGAGGAGAGGCGAACGUUUCGAAAAUUGGAUUUCAAACUGCUGGUGGUAAAUCCAUCAACAUCUCGGAACAGGCUUUAUCGAAAGCAAAAGCAUUGUUUGCGGAAUAUUUGGACGAUCCAUUAGAAGAAGUUGCUGCAGAGGAAACUAAAGCUCAUAGUGAAAAAGAAAAAGGAUUACAAAUAAAAAUGUCAAAUGUUAAAUUUCAGUCUUCUGAUAGCGCCGUUGAUAUUUCUGAGACAUCGAAGGCAAAAGUAUCGUUUGGACAAUUCAAUGAUAAACUAGAAUCAGCUACUGCAAUUCAAGCUAAUAAAAUCAACGAUAACAUAGAAAAUAGACAAGAAGCAAAAGUUUCAAGUAUUGGAUUUCAAACUGCUGGUGGUAAAUCUAUUAACAUCUCGGAACAGGCUUUAUCGAAAGCGAAAGCAUUGUUUGCAGAAUAUUUGGACGAUCCAUUAGAAGAAGUUGUUGCAGAGGAAACCAAUGUUCCUAACGAAAAAGUGAAAGAAUCACAGGUAAAAAUGUCAAAUGUUAGAUUUCAGUCUCCUGGUAGCUCUGUUGAUAUUUCUCAACAGAAAACAUCGAAAGCAAAAGUAUCGUUUGGACAAUUCAAUGAUAAAUUAGAAUCAGUUACUGCGAUUCAAGCUAAUAAAAUCAACGAUAACAUAGAAAACUGGCAAGAAGCAAAAGUUUCAAGUAUUGGAUUUCAAACUGCUGGUGGUAAAUCUAUCAACAUCUCAGAACAGGCUUUAUCGAAAGCAAAAGCAUUGUUUGCAGAAUACAGUUUGGACGAUACAUUAGAAGAAGUUGCUGCGGAAGAAACCAAAGCUCAUAGUGAAAAAGAGGAAAAAUUACAAAUAAAAAUGUCAAAUGUUAAAUUUCGGUCUCCUGAUAGCGCUGUUGAUAUUUCUGAGACAUCGAAGGCAAAAGUAUCGUUUGGACAAUUCGAUGAUAAAGAAUCAAUUAUUGCAAUCAAAGCUAAUAAAGUCAACGAUAAUGUAGAAAACAGACAAGAAGUUUCAAGCAUUGGAUUUCAAACUGCUGGUGGUAAAUCUAUCAACAUCUCAGAACAGGCUUUAUCGAAAGCGAAAGCAUUGUUUGCAGAAUAUUUGGACGAUCCAUUAGAAGAAGUUGUUGCAGAGGAAACCAAUGUUCGUAACGAAAAAGUAAAAGAAUCGCAAGUAAAAAUGUCAAAUGUUAGAUUUCAGUCUCCUGAUAGCACCGUUGAUAAUUCUAAACAGACAUUAAAGACAAAAGUAUCGUCUGGACAAUUCGAUGAUAGAUUAGAAUUAGUCGUUGCAAUCAAAGCAAAUAAAGUCGACGAUAAUGUAGAAAACAGACGAGAAGCAAAAGUUUCAAGUAUUGGAUUUCAAACCGCUCGCGGAACAUCUAUCACUGUCUCAGAGCGAGCGUUAUCCAAAGCAAAAGCAUUAUUUGCAGAUCAAUUAGAAAUGGACAAUUUUGAGAACAUUGGACGCGAUGACGAAAAGAUAAAAAAGCGAUGCAACUUAACAAUUCCGCACGGUGGACUGCGAAUCGCAAGUGAUCAACCGACACCGGUUUUGAACGAGGCUUCAUUAAAAAAAUUAGUCUCUAAUGACUGUCCGGAUGAGAGCAAUCCUGAAUUGGGGCGCGCAUCGUUGCAAAAGCGCAAGCUAAGCCAGGCUAAUGUAGACGAUAGCACACCCCUGGGUAGGAAUUGCGCGUCCGAAACGAAAAAGCCUCGUUUAAGCGGCGAAUUCCAAGGUAGAAAAUUGUUCCCCAUUAAUCCAAGCGUCGACAGCGAUAAUGACGAGAACCGAAAUCCGGAUGAGAAAAGGCAAGCAUCUUCUGUCCUUGGAUCGCCCAAAAGGGACGCGGUGGAAUCAUCCGAACCUGAUGUAGCGACCAGUCCUGUUAUAGGAAGGCAGAGUAGCUUUCGGAAGAAGCAGAAGAGUCAUCGAAGGAACGAACAUAGUACAAAUAAAAGAACAUUAGCUAAUGAGAAUGUAACAUCACAAGAGAACGUUGUACAAGGAAGCGCAUCUCGCGGAAAGAUCGAGGACGAUAAAUUCAAUACGGAGACGCGGAAACCAACGCAAGCCGCGAAGAAAAAGACGAGAAGCGUUAGUACGGAAUCGAAUGAGACUCAAUUCGGCGACACUCAGGUGAUGAUGGAUUUUGUCAACCAAAUCGAAUCGAUCAAAAUUCUGCAGAAUCGCUUGGCAGCCGCGUUGGAACAGGAGGCGUUAAUCACCGCGAAGAGGAGACGCAGAUCGGAGAAGCAAUCGGUGGGCCACCUGUAUCAUUACAAGCAGAUCAAUUCUAACGCUCGUUUGUCGUUGAGAGAGAUCUGCGGUGGCGCACCGCCCGUGCCACGUUCUUAUCAGGAGCUCGUCGAUCGAUGGAUAUCGCCGGAGAUCCUGGAGAUCACCGCCGCGACUGCCGCGAUGUACAAAUUCCGUUGCUCCGAUUUUUACGGAAACGACGUAGCGUAUAAUAACGUUAGCGGGAUAGAGUUGGAAGACGGUAUGCGUCUGAUCAUGGAUGAGAACGGAUACGCGGGAGUCUGGGAGCUCCUCCGUGCGUUUCUCGCCGGUCCGGGCGUAGACCCGAAUCUCGUUCCCGCGCGCUGGAUUGAGAAUCAUUACCGAUGGAUCGUGUGGAAGUUGGCGUCGAUGGACCGAAUGAAAUUCGGCUCGGCCGAGUUACCCAGGGCAUUAACACCUUCGCGCGUAAUGGCACAAUUAAAGUAUCGGUACGAUCGAGAGAUCGAUCGGUCUCAGCGACCUGUGAUAAGACGCAUCUUGGAAAAGGACGACGUUGCGUCUAAGAGAAUGAUUUUAUGCGUGUCAUCUAUCGUAGAAAAUAAUAAUGUAAAUAUGGAGAGAGAGAUAGGGAAGAGUCCGCGUAUAGGAGUGCCAAAAUGGAAAAUAGAAUUAACUGAUGGCUGGUACAAUGUAAAUGCCUGCAUCGAUAUAGGUAUGGUGAGAAACAUAUCGAUCAGUAAAGUAAAAGAGGGCACGAAACUGAUGAUGUCUGGCGCGGAAUUGCUCAACUGCGAUCAAGGUUUCUAUCCACUCGAGGCACCGGCUGACGUGUGUUUGAAAUUGCACACGAAUUCAACCAGGCGCGCACGAUGGGACGCGAAAUUAGGAUACGCGCCGUGUUCGGGGCCGAUACCCAUCAGGUUACGUAACGUGUGUCCGAGCGGCGGUUUAAUCGGCAAAAUGACGACUGUCGUCGCUAGAGUGUAUCCGAUGCUGUAUCACGAGAAAACCGCAUCCGGAGAUUCGAUUGUCAGAAACGCUAAAAGCGAGGAGAAAGCGCAGAGCAAAUACGAGCAGCAGUGUUGGUCCAAGAUAGAGGACUUCCAAGGACAAGGACUUUCUGGCGAAACUGACGAUAUGGCGAUUCAAUUGAGCGAAGAUUACGAAAAUUUGUUGGAGGAAUCCAUCUCUAAGAAACGACAUGAUGAAUUGCUCCAAGAGUUACGUCAGAAGGAGGAACUGUUCAAGCAGAAGAUGCAGUCGAAAUUGCGCGAAAGCUUGCCGAGGCCGCGACAGGUCUCCCAGCUGCUCAAGGUUCGCCUCUGCGACGAAAAUGCGAACGCCAUUCUUUCGAUUUGGUCGCCCAGCGAGGAGAUCGUCGACACUCUCAAAGAAGGCGCGUGUGUCUCGCUCUGCAACAUCGUGGCUUCCGGAAAGAGGGGCACCGAAUUGCAACUCACCGCACGUCGGUCUGCAAUUUUUAAACCAGGAAAGAUGCGCGACACGUCUUAUCCCGCUAGAGCGUGCACCUCGCUACACGAAAUCCGAGCGAAUUCCGAGUUCUCUCCACCUUACGGAGAGUUCGAUACGGUCGGUCUUAUCUGUUCGGUUGGUCCUGCCCCUUACGGUAUGAAAGACUUCGAUGCCGUGCAUUUGGCGUAUUGCGAAGCGGGUUCGAGCAAUUUUUCGUACCUCUCGAUAUUAUUUUGGCAAGGCAUAGCCAGUUACGGCUACGCGGAGAUUCUUACUCUCGGAUCUAUCGUGGCCUGCAGCAACUUAGAAUGGCGAAGAGCAACUUCGUGGAACGUCCCAGCGGCUUAUUGUACGGACAGGAGUACUUUUACGCGCAAUCCUUGCCGAAAUCAUUUGUACGAAUCCUUCGAAAACCUGCGAAAUCUGAUCACGGAUCCAAUUAAGUAUGCUGAAAGCUGCACUGUCGAGCUUAACGUGGAAUUGCAAAAGAAGUCGACGCCUACGCGCUACACGCCGGGUAAAAAUACUCCGAUUAAAAUGUACAAUUCGACGCCGGGCGUCGACAAAAAAUUGAUCGACUAUACGUCGCCGCUGGCGACGCCGAAAUUGGGAACGGGCAACAACUCGAGUUACGUCGCAUCUAAGCCCUCGAUUCAGAAACGUAUUGAGAAACUCCAACAUUAUGGCGAAGCGCUUGAACGAUCUUCCCUUAUACUAAACAGGUCCAAGAGGACUUCUUUGAAUUUUCGAUCGCCUAUUUUAGAUGUAAACUCGACAAAGGGGAGUGCUAAUCAAUCCAGAGAUUUAAAUUUGUCCAAGACAACGGAAAACCUUUGAUAUUAUUUUACGUUGUUUAUUCAUUCUAAUUCUAAAUCCUAAAAACUGUACAUUUGUUAAUUGUAUAAUUAUUCAAUGUUUAUUAAUAGUAUAAUAAACUAUUUGUACAACUACGGUAAUAAAA